CCUGACCUUUGACCUCUGCGCUUGUGUCUAGUCGGCGUCGGUUCUCGUUUGAGGAAGCUUUUGCUUCUCAGAAAAUGAAUGUGUUGCUUCAGACGAAUGGCUGCCACGCCUGUUUGAAUUGCUCGGCAGCAGCCACACGCACUCAGUAGCAGGCUCCGCGGACGCAGCGGGCUGUACGGCCGCAGUCACAUGUUAUGACCUGCAUGUGCUACUCGGUGUCAGGAUUUGUUUGGCUACAAGCUAGUUAGCCGUUGGCUAAGUUAGUCAGCUAAGCUACUUAGCUAGCGAGCUAUGUUGCCGCUAAUAGUGCUAACUUAAAAAAAGAAAAAAGAAAAGCCGUUGCUCUCAAGUCGGAAUAACAUCCGGCUUUAGAAAUUAGCGUAAAUCAGACGACCGCCAACCGCUUCUUUCCCCGGGACUCACGUCCGUUCCUCUGCGACUAUGUUUUCCAAAGUAACGGAACAAUCCGCACUGACGUUAAACGUUAACUGUGAGCAAGCUGCCCCGAGCUGGCCGGCUCUAAGCUAACCGGCGUGAACCGUCAACGUUUCGUGCAGCGUGAAGCGCGAGCACCUGACCGUUCCACCCGUCAGUCAGCCGGGGCUCGCGAGGACACCGUGUUUCUAGCGUCAACGUUUUAGCGACUGGUCAUAACGUGUCCAACAACGACAAUGGCUAACGUUACAGAUCUCCAAACGAAAUACAGCAAGCUGGCGCAGGAGUACUCCAAGCUCCGGGCCCAGAACCAGGUGCUGAAGAAGGCAGUUGUGGAUGAACAGGCCAACUCUGCCUCAUUUAAGGAGCAGCUUAAGCUGAGGGACCAGAGCCUCAGGAAGCAGGAGCAGGAGAUGGACAGUCUCAGCUUCAGGAACCAACAGCUGGCCAAAAGGGUGGAGCUGCUUCAAGAGGAACUAGCUGUCAGUGACGCCAAGGGCAAAAAGGGGAAGAGCAAAGCAGACUCUCCGUCACAGCAUGGUCUCGAGACCCAGAGUGUUUUUGAUGAGGAUCUGCAGAAAAAGAUAGAAGAAAAUGAGCGACUUCAUAUCCAAUUCUACGACGCAGAUGAGCAGCACAGGAAGCAGGAGGCUGAGCUGACGACACGACUGCAGGAGCUGGAAAAAGACUUGGAGCAGCACCAGGCUGUUGUGGACGGACUCACCACUAAGUACAUGGAAACAAUUGAGCGUCUGCAGAGUGACAAGGCUCGUUUAGAGGUGAAAGCUCAAACUCUGGAGAGGGAAGCAAAAGAGUGCAGAAUGCGAACAGAAGAGUGUCAGCAGCAGGUGAGGCGAUGCCAGUCAGAGCUGAACAGACAGGUGAAACAAAGCAGCACUGUUAUCCAGGAGAAAGUGCCCUUCAAUGACACCAAAAUUGGUGACUAUAACAGCCUAAAUGUGCCACCACACAAUCGAAGGCACCAGCUUAAAGCCCGGGACGUGGCAGGUCAGGCCCUGAGCUUUAUUCAGGACCUGGUGGCUGCUCUCUUGAACUUCCACUCGUACACAGAACAGAGAGUGCACAUCUACCCCCUGGACUCCUCCAUUGAACCCAUUUCCCCCCUAAACCAGAAGUUUUCUCAGUAUCUACAUGAGAAUGCAGCCUAUGUGCGCCCCCUGGAGGACGGCUUUCUACAGUUACACCAAAGCAUCACAGAGGACACCGUCACAGUACUGGAGACUGUGGUUAAGCUGAAGAGCUUCGCUGAUAAUUUCUCCUCAUACACCCACUUUCUGCAAAAGAUUCUUCCCUACCAGCUGAAAAGCCUAGAAGAAGAGUGCAACGCAUCUCCUUGUACGGCUGCCCUUAUUGCGAAAAACCAGGAGUUACAGAGUGACAUGAAGAAAGUGACUUCUGUGUUUGAGAAGCUGCAGAGCUACAUUAAGCUUUUGGCCUUACCCAGUGCUCGGCAGGAUGCCAUGCCACAGAGCAGCACCUCAGCUGUCUUCACCCAGCUGGCUGCCUGCCUUCACAGUCUUCAUGAUGCCAUUAAAGAGAUGUCUAAGCACUAUAACCAGAAGGCCAGCUUUGAGCAGGAGCUCCCCACCAUCACCCAGAAGCUGUGCACCACCACCGAGUGCCUGCUGGGGUCUUUGGGCUCUCUGACCAGCAGCACCGGCAAGAUUUCUACUUUCUUUAGCAACAACUUGGACUUCUUCACAUCAUCAGGCUACAGUCCAAGGGGCAGCACAGUAGCACUCAACCCCUUGCAAGCAGAGAGUAUGUUGGCCAACAAAAAGAAAGCAGCUGCCUACAUACAUGCUAUCAAACAGGGCAGGACGCAGUCUGUUCCAUACAGAGAAGCCCUGUCAAACCGCCGCAUACUCACCAGCUCCACAGAGAGCAGAGAAGGUCUCACCCAGCAGGUGCAGCAGAGCCAGGACAAGAUUGCUCGGCUGGAGCAGGAGAAGGAGCACUGGCUCCUGGAGGCCCAGCUGGGGAAGGUGCGGUUGGAAAAGGAGAACCAGCGCAUUGCGGACCUGGAAUCGCAGCUCGCAGCAGCUCUAGGGGGAAGUCCAAACCCCCGACCAGCUGCAGCCAGCACGCUCUCAGAAAGCCACGAGGAAGCAGAGAGAGAGCAGAACGCUGCAGGAAAAGAGACUACGCUGUGCACCAGCCUGGUUGGCAUGCUGUGCACAACACCGACAGUUGAGCAUGUGGGAGAUGAGGAGUCCCGGGAGCAGCUGAUAAAGACUCACUACAUGGCCAGAGUGGGAGAGCUCACCACCCAGCUCCAGAUUUCAGACAGCAAAGCUGUGCAUUUUCACUCUGAGUGUCGAGCUUUGGCCAAGAGAUUGGCCAUUGCAGAAAAAUCCCGGGAGACUCUGAGCGAGGAGGUCAGACUGGCUAAUCAGAACGUCACACGCUUGCAGGACGAGCUGACUACAACGAAGAGGAGCUACGAAGACCAGCUCAGCAUGAUGAGCGACCACCUGUGUAGUAUGAAUGAGACUUUGAGCAAGCAGAGAGAAGAAAUCGACACGCUCAAACUGGGCAGCAAGAACUGGGAGGUAAUCGGCGGUAUUGGGGUUGCCGCCGGGGCCUGAUGGGAAAAGCACCUGCUGGAACCAUCUGAAGAAGUCGUUAAGGCAGCAGAAAGAGGCCCGUUUUGAGCGUGAAUGUUCCUGCUUGCGUGCACACAGAUGGCUGCGUGUUCUGGAAGUUGCAGGACAGAACAUGUUAGUGAGUUAAAGGUAGUGAUUUUCUCUUGAAGGUGAGAGGCUGGCCUCAGCAUGUUUUUGUAUGUUUUGAAAAAGAAUGCAAAAACAAAUCUCAACUUGCUGCACUCAAACGCAACACAGUUCUUAAAAACGUACCAAAUCCGAAAAUAACUUGAUUGUUUCUUUUCCAGAACUGAGCUUGUAUUUUCUGUUUUCUUUAGGGAAGCGCAAAAAAGAACAAAAGUCGAUAGAGCUGCCCUCUAAACUGGCUCAUUUUGGCACCUCGAGAGAAGAUCUGGUCUGUGGAGCCUCCCAGCACCGUCACCAAACCACAGGAGACGGCUACAUGAGCCUCAGAUCUCUCCACUGUCAAGCAGUGGCAAUACAAACUCGUAUGGAGGCUUGAAGAUGUCUGACUGAAGAAGCCCCCUCCCCCCCUUUCCUUGUCACAGCACCGUUUUAUCACACCAUGAUUUGCAUUAAAAACUCUACAAGAAGCUGCUGCUGCUUGACAUUUUGUGGACAGAAACAGCUUCCCCCGAAAGGGGCGGAGGAAGAUAAACAGUGGGAACAGUGGAAGUUGGUAAUGCUCACUGAAGUCAGGACUUGAAGACCAAACCCUGUUGAUGUGCUUUUCUUACUUUAAACGUACGUGUAACAGAAAAUGAAACUGCACCCUGACUGCUUAUCUGUGGGAGCAGAUAACAUGUAAAUGUGGGUGUGGCUGUAUGUGUGCAGAGUGUCGUCUCAUUGUGUGACUGUGGAACAACAUGCGAGUAUUGAUUUACACGUUGAAAUGUGAGAUUAUUUUGCGCUACUGGUUCCAGGGGCCUGUACGUCUACAUACAGCAUACAAGCCCUUUACAACAAACGCAUAAAUCAUAAGCUUCUGUAAAGAAGGGCUUUAAAACCGGAAUGAACAACUAACAAAUACAAAGUUGAAUUCAUUCCUCAUUUUGGAAAAUGUCCAGUCCUGUGAGAGGAGUGGAGAAUAGGCAAGAAGAAAUGUAUGCCUUGAAGCACUGAUUAACUGUUUACCUCGACCAAGAGGGUAGGAUGGACAAGUCUGAGCUCGUUAAAUGGUGUCAGUCGGUCUGAAGUUGUAACAAUAGUUGUUUUUAUCACCAAAGUAAGUGGAUGUGCACUCAGAAGCCCGGUGUGGCACAAAUUCAUGUUGUAAUAUGUAUGCACAAAAAGGGUUAAUGUGAAUAUACACAUUUAAAGUCAUGAUAUAA